UAUGAGAUCGUGCAUACAUACUUUUGGCAUCUUUUGCUUGUCUAGGCAACACGUGUCUUUGUGUUGAGUAGUCACAUAGCUUGUUGCAAAAAAAGUUUAUUAGUUAUAUCUUACAUAGUUUUUAUAUAAUAAACUCGAUUUUCAUCACAUGAAAUCAAGUGAUCAACCUGUUUCCGCUUUUGUUUUGACAAUUAAGAGUGUUGUGGCAUGUUUGCUGUAGAUAUCAAGUCUAUAGUAUUUACACAUAUAUCUAGAUAAAUAUUCAAAAUGAAUGAUUCUUUCUUAGAAGACUUGGAUUUAAUACCAAAAAAAGAAAAAAAGAAACCUCAGCAACAACCUGACUGUCAUAUAACUAUCAGGAAUGCCACUUCAUCUCCUUUACCACGUUUUUCUGAACAAGAUGAAAGAGAUAAUGCUGUACAACUGCAAAAGAAAUAUUCUGUCAUAACAAAUAUAUCUGAUGGAAGGAGCAUAAAAAGCAAAGAUGUUUCUUCAAAAGAGUUUAAUAAACAAUCGAAUCAAAAUGUAAAAAAACUUAUGAACAUAAAAGUAUCUGAGAAAGUUGGUAAAGAAAAGUCUGUAGAUGUAAAAGUGAGACUAGACAAUAACAAGCAGCAAAGUACUAGCAGAGAACAUAAAAUAAAAUCACAAGAGACACGAACUCAGAGCUUGAAAGUACCUGAAAAUAAAACUGUGAACAAAAGCCAUAAACGAUAUUCAGAACCGCAAUCCACUCUUACUUCCAUCAGGGAGAAAAGACGAUCUUCUGAUUCUUCUAAUAGUCAUUCUCCAGAUGUUUCCAGUAAGGAAAAUAGUCGUCCAAAUUCUUCUAAGGAGAUUGGUUCUUGUGAUUUGAAUAAGACUAAGGAAAAGAUGCUUGAUGAAUCAAGAAGAUCAGGUUUUAAAAUAUCGGAUCAAGAUCUGGCAGUUGUUAAGGAACUAGUAAGCACAUGUACCAGAAACGAGAGUACAAAGAUUUUACACGCCAUGCACGAGAUAUAUGUAAACUCUCAAGCAAAUUUAAUAAAGUUACUCUUAAAUCAAUCGGACGAUCUGAUCAAAGAAAUGCAUCUUUGCACAGGCGAAAAAUCUGAUAAUAAGAGAAUAAAAAUGUUAAUCGAAGAGAACGAGCGUUUGCAAAUCGAGAUAUUUGGUUUGCGACGGGAGAUUGGAUUAUUGAGACAAGAAAACGUAGACUUACAAAAACAAGUAUCGAAAAAUACUCAAUAUUGAAGAAGUAUUGUUAUGCUGUGCCUAUUAUAAUAUUCAUUGUGUAAUUUUAAUUGCUUAUUUUGUAAAGUUAGAAAAUAGGUGAAAAUGUUUCAAAAACUGCCGUGAGAGAUUAGUUACUACUAAAUUACUAAAAUGCACGCAUUUAUUUGCUAUUUCACUUGAGUAACGAUUAAUUUAUUAUAAUGUAACAAAGAGUAAAAGUUCUCUCUUAGUUAUUCUCUUAAUUAGUAAACCUUUACUACUAUUAUAUCAUCAAGAUAAUUUAUUUUUUUACUAAAAUGAUAAAUGUAUACUACCUUUAAAUAUAUUUGCACUAUUCUAGGAAGAAAUGCAUAAAAAUCUCCUAUAUUUUCUGUA